AAUCAGAAGCGAGUAUUCUCACACCCCCCGGCUUGCGAUUGGCUGAAGGCAGAAAAGGGGGCGUUCCAUCUGAAAGGCACCUCGCUCGCCUAUGUGUGUGUGUGUGUGAGUUCAUUCAUGUUUACAUUUGCAGGCUCCUCUGUGCGUCAGGACGACUCUCCCCAAACCACCGAGCCCCGCCAACAACGACAAACAACAACACUUACCGGAGGCCGCUCGGUGUAUGCGUACAACCCCCCCCGGUAAAUGAGAGGACACUGCUCUCUCUAACGAGGCAGACGGUGCACGAGGUCGAGAUGUGGCUCAUUGGUUCGUCUACUGAGGAGUGUGACAGCGUCUUAAAGGGCUCUUGAGACAGAUUCGGGUAUCAAAAGACGUGUGGAGGCAGACGGGCGGGCUGGGGGGGGGCAGCAGCAUCUUCCAACGCCAUUGUUCCUCACAAAUGUAGGCGUAACAGUGCAGGAUGGGUCUACCUGUGGACAGCCCCGACAGGAGGGAUGAUGCACUUAAACAGGAGCAGCAGGGCGAGGGAGACGGGGGCGAGAGCCAACCCGAAGCCCACACCACCCGCACGCCGCCACCCAUCAACAAGAAGAGGAAAAAAUGCAAGAAGAGACUGUGGAUCAACCUCACCAACUGCAAAUAUGAAAGCGUGCGGCGUGCUGCUCGCAGAUACGGACUCAGGGAGGCAGCGGAGGGUGAAGACUGGACAUUGUUCUGGACCGACUGCUCCGUGUCUCUAGACCGAGUGAAGGACAUGAAGCGUUACCAGAAAAUAAACCAUUUCCCAGGGAUGAGUGAGAUCUGCCGCAAAGAUUUACUGGCGAGAAACAUGAACCGUAUGCUCAAGCUUUUCCCCAAAGACUACAAUAUCUUCCCCAGAACGUGGUGCCUCCCUGCAGAUUACAGUGACUUCCAAGCUUACACCAGGGCCAAAAAAAGCAAGACUUAUAUCUGCAAGCCAGAUACCGGUUGCCAAGGCAAAGGCAUCUUCAUUACCAAAUCAAGUAAAGACAUUCAACCUGGAGAGCAUAUGAUCUGCCAGGUGUACAUCUCCAGGCCUUUUAUAAUUGACGGCUACAAGUUUGACCUGCGUGUCUACGUGCUGGUGACGUCAUGUGACCCAUUCAGCAUUUUCAUGUUCAAGGAGGGCCUGGCUCGCUUCUGCACCACCAAGUACAACGAACCGACACACAGCAACGUGGAGGAUGUGUGCAUGCAUCUCACCAACUACUCCAUCAACAAGAACAGCGAGAACUUUGUCCGUGAUGAGGACACUGGCAGCAAACGAAAGCUCUCCACCCUGAACAAGCUCCUGGAGUCCAUCAGCUGCAACACGGACAAGAUGUGGAAUGACAUUGAGGACAUGAUCAUAAAGACUCUGAUCUCUGCUCACCCCAUCCUGAAGCACAACUACCACACGUGCUUCCCCAACCACACCACCGGCAGCGCCUGCUUCGAGAUCCUGGGCUUCGACGUGCUGCUGGAUCACCGGCUCAGACCCUGGGUCCUGGAGGUGAAUCACUCCCCGAGUUUUACCACCGACUCGCCGCUGGACCGCGAGGUGAAGGACGCGCUGCUGUACGACACCUUGGCCCUCAUCAACUUGGGCGCCUGCGACCGCCGCAAGAUCACCAAAGAGGAGAGACGCAGGGUGAAGGAAAGGCUGCAGCAGAACAGCACCAGAGAGGCCAGGUCGGAGGAGCUGCGUCAGUGCCAGGCUGCCACGGUGGAGCAGAUGGAGAGGUACGAGGCCAAACACCUGGGAGGCUUCAAGAGGAUCUAUCCCAGAGAGGGAGAAGAGAAAUACGACAAGUACUUUAAACACAGCAGCUCGCUCUUCCAGGAGACGGCGGCGUCAAAGGCCAGAGAGGAGUGUGCCAGGCAACAACUGCAGGAGCUGCGUCUGAAGCAGGAGCAGAAGGAGAGAGACCAGAAGGGAGGCCGGAGGAGAGACUUGCAGGGGGAGACGGCGGGGGAGAGAGUCAAACCGCGGCGAGCACAAACACAACCCCCCGGCUCAAACUGUGACCCGCAGCCGCCGCCUCUGUCCGGCGUUUCGGCGGAUCGUGAAGAGGUCCGAGACGAGAAGAGGGAGCAGGACGAAGAGCUGGAGGAGCAGGAGCGGGUUGAUGCGCUGCUCCAGAGGAAGAAAUUACUGCAGGACCUGGGCGUGGUGGACCAGAUCCACCAGCUGUUGCAGGGCCGGACAGAAGGUGGAGGGGUCCCGCAGAACGCCAGGGACGCCUACACCCACCAGCAGAGUAAGCAGAGACAGCAGCAGGUGAAGUUGGACUCUUUGACACAGUUUUCCCAAAAGACAAAAGCAGCAGCAGCAGCAGCAGCAGCAGCAGCAGCAGCAGCAGCCCUGCAGUCAGAUGUCACGGCAGCACAUCCACUCCCACACGACUCAGCAGCGCCUGCUCAGGCCCACGGUGGACCAGAAGAGCCUGAACGAGUCGGCCUGCCUGCAGUCUGAGCCCGAGAGCCACAGCAGGGCGGCGGAGACGAGGAGGACCACCAGCGCCCAGCGGAUACACUGGCCAGAUGUCAAAUGUUCUCCUUCUGUUCCCCCAUCAGUCGGAGGCUCUCUGGCUGUCAGACAGGACAGCAGGAGCAGCUCCUACCCCGACACCCGGUCCCGUCCCAGCAUCCCCAUCAUAAACCACGUCCCUAAAGGGGGCCUGCGCUGCAGUGCCUACAUGUCCCACGACCCCGCAGCCCUGCAGAGUCUGCUUGUCAUCUCCACUCGCGCCCCCCUGGUCAGGAGGCCUGGCUUCUCUCACAUCGUCCGCAACUCCUCCCGCAGAGCCCCCCAGCACGGUAAAGGGCAGUGAGGAGCAGGACCACCGAGUCCAGACCUGCCUCCGGGUUUUAAAAAAAGCGUAGACACACAGGAGAAGAGGAGGUGGAGCGGCUUUAAACUGUGAAAAUACAUACAAACACACUGUGCCUGUGAUGAACAUCUCGUGUUUGUAGACAGAUUUUUAUAUUGGCUCGCCACUUUAUAACCUCCAGCACUGCAGAAGCAACAUUAUGGCUUUUUAACUUUUUCUACCUGCUGCGUGUGCUCAGAUAAAUAUGUGAUAUUUCACUCUGAGGAGGAAUUAUCUCUCUACACACACACACACACACACACACACACACACACACACACACCUCACCUAGAGUGCCAAAAUAAAAGCCUGAUUUUUUACACCAUCUGUGAUCCAAUCCUGCUGCCUCUGAGAUAUGGAUCGGGAGCUGAUACACUGACUGUUUAUUGGGUGUUUAUAUGAGCUUAAAGUGGCUCAGUGAAACCGAAUGUAAUCCUCAUGAAUAUUAAAGUAUUAUUAAUUAAGAUUUAAGAAACUUAUAGGAAGAUAAACUGAGGGAUUUUUACAAAAUAAAGGCCUUCUGCUUCUUUUCUCAAGGACGUGUGUUUGAAAAUAUAUCUAUUUUUUGCACUGAUUGUCAAUAAAAUAUCUUUUUGUAAUGAGA